UGUGGGGUUGGGUUGUGACAUCACCAGUCCCCACCCCUCUCCUAUCCUGCUAGUAUAGAUGCUUCGUGGUCCGGUGGUCCUCUUUACUCCACAGUGUUUCCACGGAGCGCUGCACAAGUCCUAAAUUGAGCUGCUACCUUAGUGAAGUUGUCCAGCAUCCCUGACCAGAGAGCUCUAUUGCAGGCACCAUGCUCCUCAGAGUCUCUCUCCUGCUCCUCUCCGGAUCCAUUCUCCUCAACUGCAUCCCUGCACAGAGGAUUAGAGGCAAAAGACAGAACAUGAAGGUUCGCAUCAACGCUACGGGCGACACCAUCGUGAUGAAGUUUGUCCGUCCCAACCCUGACACCAAGCUGGAGGGCUACAUCCUGGGCUACGGCAGCAGCAUGUUCUCUAAACAGUUCAUCCAGCUGCCUGAGAAUGGAGAGCCCUACGAGACUGAGAUAGAUGCUGAACCCAAGUAUCUUGUUGCUGUCCAGCCAAUCCCGAGCAACGACGUAAAGAAACAAUGCACAGGAAAGGUCAACCUGGAGAAGCCACUCCACCUGGUUAUUGGCUCCGUCACCCCGACCUCUGUGCUGCUGUCCUGGGGAACCUUCCUGAAGACGCCCUACGAAGCAGGCAACAUCAUGAACGACUGUUUGGAAGACGGACACUACACUGUCCGCUACAGGGAGAGGAACAGGAAGUGGAUCUACCAGACCUGCCCCACCAGUGACACUGUGGUUGACAACCUGAAGCCCGACACCCCAUAUGAGUUUGGGGUCCGCUCCAACAAAGACGAACGCAGCGGAAUCUGGAGCAAGCCUGUCAUUCACAAAACCAACAUGGGCGCAGGGUUGGACAAAAGCGUCCAGAAACCCUACAAGCACCGGACCCCUAUUGUGAAGCCAAUGAAACCACCCAUGUCCCGUGCACUUUUCCCACCUCGUCCAGCUAUUCACAAUAAGACUCAGCCUAGACUCCCUCUGACCAAAAACCAAGGUUUCCCGGGAGCUCCCAAGACAUCUUUUGCACCACCAGACAGACACCUGGAAUCUAAACCUGACCCCCGCUCCAAUGAGCCUCAAUGGCCACAGUUCCCACUGGACGGAGGAAACAGUAUUAGAAAUGCUUCCUCUCAUCUCGUGGACCUCCCUCCUGCCCCCCCCCAACUCCUGCCCACCAAAACCCCCAGUACCUCCUCUGCCACCCCUGUCCUUAACAACCCCUCUCCACCCGGUGAAAAGCAACAGGGAAAGACCCAACCCAGGGGACCUACUAGCGCCACAGUGAAGACACAUAACCCUUCCUCUGGUCAAGGCAGCCAGAGAAAUUUGAAACCCCAUGGCCCGGCCAUCAUACUGAUAGCCAGGACCAUGAAGUCUCCUGCUGCCACAAACCCUCUCUUUCCCUUCACUGAUGGCUCAAGACAAGAUACCCCAUCCUCCUCUUCCUCUUCUUCCUCAUCCUCCUCCUCAUCCCUUCUUCACAGGUCUAAUAACUCAUCACAGACCUCCGGAACACCAAGGGCCAAUGGUAAGCAUCACAAAGGAACCGGCCUCCCCAAACCAGUCGUUUGGAACAGACUGAGAAUGGCAAACACAAACAACUCGCUGUUGGAGGACAUAAACCCUGAUGUUUUGGGCCGUUCAGGCUUCUCUUCCAUUGAGGACCAGUUCUAUGGAUCUCGUCCGUCCAUUCCUGUCAACAAAAAGACCAACCUGGUUGGCAAACCUGGUGAUAUGAACAAGCUGAAUGUCUUGAAGCAAACAGACAAGGCCUCCAUUUUGAAGAAGUUUCCAUCAGUGACGACUAAACCUGUCAAGCAAGACCGCAGACACACAACAACGACUGCACCAUCAGCCAACGACAUCUGGUUUGAAACCUGGGAGAACUCCUCAUUAUUCAGCUCCCUACCAGCCUCUGACGUGGACGCAUUGGGAAAGAAACGUUUCGUUGCACCCCAUGUAGUCUACAAGACGGACAAGAAACCAGACGAGCCUUGUUCCAUCACCACCUCUCUCAGCUACUUCCCAGAGGAGGAGGGCGGGGAGACAAACGUGACAGCCCCGCCCAAGUCUCCGCCCUACAACCUCACCGUGGUAACGGUGGAGGGAUGCCCCUCCUUCAUCAUUCUAGACUGGGAAAAGACAGACAACGACACCACAGAAUAUGAGGUCAUCUCCACAACGAAGGGACCAGAUGGUACUCAGGUGUCCAUCCUGACCACCAACCAGACUCACACUGCAGUAGAGAACCUCAACCCCGAGAGCAGCUACGAGUUCAAGGUGAAACCCAAGAACGAGCUUGGAGAGGGGCCACCCAGUGAGCCUGUGUCCUUCAACACUGAAUCAGCGGACCCACGUGUGAGUGAGAAUGUCUCAGGAAAAGAUGCCAUCUGGACCCAGUUCCCCUUCAAGACAGACUCAUACUCGGAGUGCAAUGGCAAGCAGUACGUAAAAAGGACCUGGUACCGCAAGUUUGUGGGGAUCCAGCUCUGCAACUCCCUCCGAUACAAGAUAUAUCUGAGUGAUUCUCUCAACGGUAAAUUUUACAACAUUGGGGACCAGACUGGCCAUGGUGAGGACCACUGUCAGUUUGUAGACUCGUUCCUGGAUGGGAGGACAGGAAACCAAGUCAGGGCUGACCAGCUGCCAGCAAGAGAAGGGUAUUACAGGGCUAUGAGACAAGAGCCGGUCAACUUUGGUCAGAUAGGAGGGAACUCUCACGUCACCUACGUGUCAUGGUAUGAGUGUGGAACGGCCAUUCCUGGCAAAUGGUAGGACCCCCCCCCCAAAGCUGUCUGUGGAGAAGCCCGAAGGAUAUACAGUACAUAUCAAACCGUCUGGGAAGGUGACAGGAGGGGUCCUUCUACACAUCCAAUCAGUCUCUGGAUGCUACAUAUCCCCAUCCAGCCGCCUCCGAACCCCGGCCAUGUAAAAACGUGUACAGGAUCUCCAUGUCAGGUUAAUAUAAUGUCCAUAUGUAAUAGCCUUAUCUUAUUUAUCAAACAUGACAAAAGGCAAAGGGAUAAAAAGAACAUAGUAUGAGAUAGAUGGAGAAACUUCUAACUAACAGUGUGAGGUAACAAACAUACAGUAGGUAUCUUUUUUGUUUUAAUAAUGGGAAGCUGGCUCCCUGAAACUUAUUUUGAUAACGUGUAUAAUAUUAUUUAUCAAAGUGUUUGAUGCCAUGUUCGAGUUCUAGGAAAUGGGUUAUAAUGCAACGCUUUUGCUGUACAGUACGAGUUGUAGAGUUUCAGACAACCUGCCGGAAUUUCAUGGUUUCAUUCAGUGACCGAUUCAUGGUGCAAGAAUUGUCCCAUAAUUUGGUCAGUCUUAGGGCUCUAUUCAAUCCGUAUCGCUGAAGCUCAGUGUUGCGGCGCGAUUGAAAUUUAAAGGCAAUAUUCCCGAGUUAGCGGAGACUGCAUUCAUGGUAAACGGUUCAAUGGGAAAUUACCUUCACGUUUCCAUCACACAAUCUGUAUCGCUUCAGCGAAACAAAUUGAAUCCAGCCCUAGUUCAUUAUACACCUUCAGAGAAGAUAAUGCUGUAAAUAUUAACAUGAAGUCCACUCUCACACAUAUCCACUAACCAGUGGAGGCUGCUGAGGGGAGGACGGCUCAUAAUAAUGGCUGGAACGGAGUGAACGGAAUGGCAUUAAACAUAUGGAAACCAUGUAUUUGAAAACAUUGCACUAAUUCCCCUCCAGUCAUUACCACGAGCCCGUCCUCCCCAAUUAAAGUGCCACCAACCUCCUGUGCCAGUAGUUCAUUGUAUGAAUGUUGACCGCGCAAUGGCACAUGGCGAACCUGCAUCUUCCCCUCGCAGUCACCUAAAACCAAAAAGGAAAAUAAGCACACACGCAGAGGACGUCUCGCACCAAACCAAUAUUUCUCCUUCAUUAGCCCUGAUAUAUGGGGUGGCUGUGCAUGGGAGGUCUUUACAUUUGUAUUUUGCACAGCAUAAAUGUAUUUAUAUGUAUAUGGAGAGAAAGUAUUUUUUGCAACUAACUUUUUCAAAAGACACGUCCCUUAAAGCGAACGCUCAUACUUCACAGUGUUCCACUGGCAACAUUUUACAUCCUCUGAUACAACACGUUGUAUAUAUAUCAUGUUGGAAAAUAAGAGGGAUGGAUAUCUUAUCUUCUUAGUAGCCUUGAUAAAUGGUACAGAGAGGAGUCCUGUUGAAUCAUUUCUUAGUUUUGUACAAAAAUACACUUUUGGCUCAAUGCGCUUGCAGAUCAGUGUUUUCAUACUUAUUUUUUAUGGAAAAUGUUUGUCAUAUGGAACUGUACUCUUGUUUUUAAACAUACUUUCAUU